UUCAAGAAUCCCUCCAGAAUGCCCAUGAAAAAACCCUGAUAUAUACCUACACUAAAUAUGUUUCGAUUUUCUUUUUCGAUCAUUUCAUUUCAUUUGAUAAAAAGAAAGCUUUAAAAUCGUUGUCCUUUUAGCCUAAAUCUGUUUUACUCUAAUAUCACUGCCAAUGACAAGCCACGAAGACGAUCUUGAUCUCCUUUUGUCUCUUCAAGAGAGGGUUUUGGAAACGCCUCCUGCUUCCCCUUCAAGUCCCCACUCUCAGUCUCCAGGCUACCUAUCAGAUGAUGGAUCGCCAAGGCGAAGAGGGAAAGCAGACUUGUCUGUUUUUAAGGAUUUUGUUGAAGAUUGCCUUGAUUAUGAACCCAAAUCAGUUGAGAGACAUGCUAAGCCAAAGCCACAGAGUUCAAAUGAUAUUCAAGUUGAGAAGUUUUCAGGUUUGCGUAUAAGGAAGCAAUUGGUCAGCCCUGCAAAGCUAAGUGAGCACUUGUCUGACAUUCGUUUUGUUCGGCUACCGACUUUGAAGAAUUUGUUGGUGGGAGACACCCUUUAUGGUUGUUGGGCAACCAUAGGAGUACUGAUUGAAAAGGGGAUUCCAAAGACUAGCUCUAUUGGGAAAAGCUAUAGCAUAUGGAAAAUUGGGUGCUUAGAUAAAAAUACUGUUUCUCUUUUCUUGUUUGGUGACGCUUAUGAGCAGAACAGUAAGGAGCAGGUUGGAACCGUUUUUGCAUUAUUCAGUUGCACUGUUCGCAAAGACACCAAGGGAUCAGGGUUUUCCUUGAGUGUUGCUGCACCCAACCAAAUUCUAAAGAUUGGUACUUCAGCUGACUAUGGAGUUUGCAAGGGAAGAAGAAAAGAUGGGACGGCUUGCACAAUCAUUUUAAAUAAACGUCAAGGUGCUUAUUGUCAAUAUCACAAAUCGAAAGCGUCAGAAAGAUAUUCCACAAAGCGAACUGAGCUAAUGGGAGGGAACUUGAGAAGAGCAUUUAGAAAUCCUCCUAGAUCGGAAGGAAUAUACAUGGUUGAUCCUCUAUCUGAUAGAACAAACAUGGAAAAGGCCUCUAAGCCAGUUAAACUACUGUCUGUGGAUGCACUCAAACGGGCAUUAAGAAAUGGAGAUAAAGUGACAACAAAUAGACACUCUCAAGGCAUAAGGUUUCUUAAUGCAGUUACAGGGGAAAUGAGUACUAAAUUAGUAAAUGGAGCAUCCAAAAAGCCUGAUCAACAAACGGUUGGCUCUGAGAAGAGGAAAGAGUCUAGUGUAAAACAAGAUACAUCUCUAAAAAGAAACAAACAUCUGGAUUCAAAAAGAAGGAAGCUAGAGCAGGAGCAAACUUUGGAAGACCAUUGGAACCAGCGAUGGAAACUCGAUUGACCUCUAUAUUUUUAGUUCAGAUGAUGUUCAGUGUUAUGGUGCACCGAAGUUAAACAAUCCUUUGCCUUGAGUGCACAUAGGUCCUAUCUCCAUAGUAGGUUUGCAAAGUUGGCUAUGCAGGCUAGUUCUUGUUUUCCAAAUUCUAAUAACUCUUUAACUUGUAGUUUUCAAGCUGAAGGUAUGUAGACGUAAGUUGGAUACAACACGGGCAGUUUUCAUUUCUUUGAACAACUAUUAACUUAGUUCUUGUCAAUUUAUCACUAGGAUUAAAAAUCAUAUUAUUGUUUGAAGGGAGGUUAAGUUUGAGUCUCAUUUGUGUCACCAUGUGUGGGGUUGUAAUGAUUUUUUAUGGUAAUUGUUGAUAUAAUUCUAAA